UCGUGGGGAGAUCCAGAAAUUACUACUGUCGGUCAGCAUACGUAUUCAUUCAAUGGUCAUGGAGAGUAUACCUUUCUCGAAACUCAAAAUAAGUCGCUGCAGAUUCAGGCUCAAACAGAUUUCUUCAUUAAAGGCAAUAAAGAUGCAACAGUAUUCGUUGUUUUCGUUCUUGCGGACAACAUUAAGAAGGACACCAUUACGAUCGUUUACCAAAGAACCAACAAAACAUUGAGUCUCUUUAAACAUGACGGAUCAUUAUGGGCAAAUUCAAUGAACUGCAAACGAAAUCCUGAGCCGUCUCGUAAACUUGGAUAUGGAUUUUUACUGUUCUGUUCGACACCGUUCAGUUUUGGAAUAGUGCUUACACAAAAGACUAGCAUUCAAAGGAUAACAUUCAGUGGAGGAGAUUUCAUGAGUGUAACUUUCCAGAGUAAAAAGAAUGUCACCGGAUUUAGAGGUUUGGCUGGUAACUUAGAGCAUGGAUAUUAUAUUUAUAGAAAUGGAAGCAAAGCCAGCAUUAACGCAACAGAGCGAGAUUUCUUCUACUUCGGUGAAUCAUGGACGGUAUCACAAAAAGACAGUAAAUUCAAUUAUAAAAUUACUGGGGGUAUUUUUACAUAUUGGAACGGAAACCAUACGAGACCACAAUUCUUACAGGAGAUUGCUGAAAAGGGCGACCUAGACAAAUUGUUUGAAGGCUUUUCAGAUGCUAACAUUACCAAAUUUAAUGAAACUUGUAGAAAUUCCUGGGACAAGAAGCCUAACAUUCAAUGUCUUGUUAUUAUUGCUAAAACAAAAAAUGUAACUCAAGGAGAGUCUGUUAUGGCGGCUGCUGAAGAAAAGCAUCAUAUCUAUGAAAUAAAUCAUAACAAACCGCCACAGUUCAAAAACAAUACCCCGACUGUUCUGAAUGUAACAUUCGGACUAAAUUCUAAGAUACUUGAUCUGAAACUAUACGUAACCGACGACUUUGAUGAUCCAGAAGAAAUGACGUACAAUGUGGUAACAAAACUGAAAAAUUACACAUUUAAUAAUGGCAGUUUUACCUGGAAUGUUGGCACAUAUUUAAGAUACAGCGACAGCAGUUUGACAUUCACUGUGAAUGACACGUUAGGAUCUCCAGCGGCAAGACAAAUGAUAAUUUAUUACUGCGGAUGUGAGAACCCGUCACAGUGUGAUUUUAGUUCGUUUAAUAAAAAUUCUUCAGAUUCAUUCGAGGAUUAA